UCUCGCCCGGCCUCAGCGGCUUCUGGCGGCGGCAGAGCAGGGGCGGCGGGAGCAGCGAGGCAGCGGCAGCCAUGGCGUACCGCGGGCAGGGCCAGAAGGUGCAGAAGGUGAUGGUGCAGCCCAUCAACCUCAUCUUCCGCUACCUGCAGAAAAGGUCGAGGAUCCAGGUGUGGCUUUACGAGCAAGUGAACAUGCGGGUAGAAGGCUGCAUCAUCGGCUUUGACGAGUACAUGAAUUUGGUGCUGGACGACGCAGAGGAGAUUCACUCUAAGACAAAAUCAAGGAUACAGCUGGGUCGGAUCAUGUUAAAAGGGGACAACAUCACUCUUCUACAGAGCGUUUCUAACUAGAAUUUGCCAUCCUUAGAACAAAGGUGGCUGCCGUGCUGCGGAGUGACUGAGUGCCAGGGGAACGCGGCCUGCUGGUAGGUAGGAAGUUAUUUGUAACUGGGGUUGCAUGCUGCGGUAAAAAGUCCUUCCUUUGUGGGAGCAAGAUUUUUGUAGCUUGAAACAAUACGUGAUGUAUUUCACAUUAUUCACAAUAAUUCAUGAUUUUUCACAUUAACUGUAAAUGUAAAACACAAAUCUGCUUGUUUUCAGUCUCUUCCUUCUGUGAAUGGAGAAGGAGGAGAAAUAUAGAAGCGUGGGCUUUUCUUUUUUGCUGUGGAUCUGAUGAAUUUCGAUAACGAUAUGUGCUUUCUUGAACAUUACAUCUGCAUUAUGUGGCCAGGGUGGACUCGUUCAGGGCACGGAAGCCCCACACAGUCCUUGAGCUAGCAGGGUGCUAAGGAGGGUGUUGGAGAUUUUGCAUACAAUUGCAGCCCUUUGUUGCUGCAGUGACAGGUUCCUCAGAUUCUUUCUAAACAGGGUUUAACUUCUUGAGAAUCUUUUUGGGAGUGUUUAUUGUGGAUCAAUCAGUAAAAGUAUCUUAGUGGGCCCGUGAGGGAUUUGGGGCUGUGGUGCAGUAACCCAGCGUUUACAAGUGUUACUGAUACGCAUGCUUGUCAAGUACCAUCUCCAGAUCAGAGAGUGAGAGCGGGCAACUGGUUUGGAUUAAAUCUGUCACUUCUUGCUGCUUUGGACAGAGCCUGUAGAUUAAACCCUUGUGCUGUUCAAUAAGCUGGGGUAUCAGAUGUAUCGGUUGGGUUUUUAUCAUUUGAUUUCUUUUUUUUAUCCGUUUGGAGAUCUGUCUGUUCUAUUUAAGUUUCCCCAAGAGAGCUGAGUUGCUUGGUGCAUCGACCAAAGAUAAGUUCCCUGGCUGACUUGGGACAACCAGUCCCCUCGUUUUUCUGAUCACAAAAAAAAAAAACAAA